UCAAGCCCUUGUCUCUCCAUUAGUGAGGAAGAAGUUCCCUCACAACACAGCCAGCGGGCGGGAGUGAACCAAAAUCAAAAAUGAGUUCCACUCGGAGGACUCUCUUGACAGAUGGACUCACGAACGUCGUCGUCGAGCUGUCGGAGAAGGAAAUCGAGAGGAUGCAGACAGAUGCAGAAUAUUGUCAGCAAGUUUUCUGUAAACAUUCAGCUAAUGAGUCGCCACCUGUUCAAGCAGGGACACCAACGGAAACUGUUAACGUGAAGCCAUCCACAGAGGGAUUGUUUCAGAGCAGACGGAGAGCAUUUAAAGCACCAUGGGACUCGGAAAUGACACACUUCUUCAUCAGCGAGUACCGCAACGUCAGGGGAAUAGUCGUCAAGAAGAGGGAGGCUUUUUUACACAUAGCUGAGAAAAUGAAUGCGAAGGGAUAUGACGUGACUCCUUACACCGUGGAGAAAAAGUGGCACAAUCUCAUCAAGACGUACAAGAACGUUUUAGACAGAGCCCUUUACAAAGGACAGGAAAAGAUUUGUUGGGAAUACUUUGAAGAAAUGGAUGAAAUCAUUAAAAACAGCACACCAUCUUUGCCAGCUCCAGGGAACCUGAAAAAUCUUGCUAAAUCCAGAAAAGGGAAUGGAGGGACUGAGAGUCCUAACGUAAGCGCUCCACAAAUGGCUGAGACUCUAUCUGUUUCCCCAGACAUUGGUUCCUGCCCACCCUCUCCAGAGCUGAUCAUCACCACGCCACGAAGUUCUUCCCCACCUCGUUCAGACACCUCUAAUUCAUACUAUCAAAACAUACCCAUAACAAAUUCUUGUCAAGCAUCUACGCCAUCUUCACAUGUACAAAGUUACACUUCACCAGCUAUUGUCUCUUCCUCAGCCAUUGUUUCGUCGUCAUCUACACCACUACCGUGCGGAGAGCCUCAAAAUAUGUCAUGUACUGUCCACUAUGAGCAACCCAUUCAUCCUAAUGUUUCAGGUAUGAAUCCACAAAUUUCAAAUUCUACAGCUGUUCAAGUUGGGCCCAAAGUCGAGUGGGGAGGACAGAUACAGCCACAGGUUUCCACUAACAUGGAGACUCAAGUCAUACCAGCACAACAAACAAUGGUAACAGUGCAACAUCAAGGUAUGACAUCACCCUCUUACAUUACUGUUCCUGAAGUCCAGAACCCAAGGUUUGCCAAGCCCAAUGAGCCUGUCAUGAAGACGAUUACUCAAGGAGCUGUCGAUCCAGGUAGAAGAGAUAUGAAAAGGAAAUGGCCCAGUGACCAACAAAAUGAAGCUGGACAUUCUAAACAGGAAAAAAUAAGAAUAACAACAGAGCCGCCACAGUUCCCAGAUCCAGACCUGUUAACAGCCCAAAGAGAAACGAAUUAUCAGUUGAAAAUUCUCAACUCAAACAUCAUGAGUAUGGGCCACACUUUGAAUGAAAAUAUUUUAGGUUUGAAGAGAGCUGUUGAAAGUAUGGUGUCGAUUAUGAUUCAGAAUAGAAAUAAUGUAUAGAAUAUAAAGUAAUUACCCUUGACUAAACUUUAUUGUUAUCAGGCUCUGCCAGUCCUUCCCAACUGUCUUAAUUUAAAAAUUUUCACUUGACAUUUGUUUAAUAUUCAAUUAUUGUUAACGUAAGGUAAAGAUCUGCCGUACAGAAAGUAUGUCAGUCCUCUUUUUCAUCGCUAUGCAUAAUGAAUUAUAUUACAUGUUACUGCAUUUACCUAUUAAUGUAAUUUUUUACAAGACGUAAGUUGAGAAGUUUUAUUGGUGAUUUUGUUUUAAAAAACUUGAAACAAUGGGGAUUUAGAGUGAAUUUCUCAUGCCCACACAAUUACAAUGUUAAGAUAAAAAUCUUAUAAUGUCCUUUUAGUAUUCAUAAUUGUCAAUAAUUUUGAGCUUCAUUUUAGAGUAUGUAAUUCGUGUUUAAAAUGUGACUAUGUUACAUAAUCUGUGAUAGUUGGGAAGUAGAGUGCUGUGUACGGAGUAAGGAGUAAGUAAUCUGAAGGUCGUGGUCUUUUGUAGACACACCAGUGAGCAAUCUCUCUCUUAUGUAGAUUGAUAGAUUUAUUUUGAUUAGAAAAUUUAGAAAGGAGUUACUUUGGAUUCUUAAGUACAAAUUUUUUUCUUUGUACAGCUAGAUGUGUGCUCGGCCAGACGGUAGGCUGAUAUGUCGUAGUCAAGGAGUCAUUUAUCACAGUAUGAGUGGCAGUCAUUCUUGUCCUAUUUGCCAUGAUUAAGGAUAACCCAAACCUUUUUUCUUCAGCAGUUUUUCAGAAUUUUGUAGUCAACAGACAUAAUGGCGUACCUUUUUGGUUUUGCCCCUUUCCAUUUACAAAAAAAAAAAAAAACCUGCCCUUGAUAUUUUUAUAGUAUGACGAAUUAUUGUCUUCAGAACGAGUAAGACCUAUUGAUGAAUUUUCAUAUACCAUUACUUCAAUAUCCCCUCCCUUUUUUUCUCUCUCUCAGGCAAUACUCUGCCAGCAGUGUAACUGCCUAAGUUCCUUCUACUUUAGAUGUAGUGAUUGAUGGUGGAAUUGAAUAUACAGUACUCAUAAAUCUUUAGUUAUUUCUAAAUGGAAAAUGAAGUAUUAGGUUUACAUCCAAAUGUUAUUCAUAUGUUACCAGUGACAGGAACUGAAAUUUUGACGUACUCUGCCAAUCUGGAGUUUGGCAGGAAGUGGCAAAGUGAAAAGGAAGCUAAUUUCCUUCUCAAAUGGGUAUGUGAUAAUGGUAAUUUUAAGGUAGAUUUGGAAUGAGGAGACAUUUUUUUUCUCUCUCUCUCUCUCUCUCUCCAUGUGAAUACCUACAUUUCUGUCCUUGGACAGAAUACUUGCGGUGCAAAUUUUACGGACGGAUGAUUUAGUUGGCCACAGACCAUUUCCCCCCUCCCACCCUACCCCUCCCUUUCAUGGAAGGCUUUUCCUUUUUAUAUGGAAGUUGGUCAGUAUUUGAUUACUGUAAGAUGUGUUAUAUAUAUUGAUAUUUGUAAAAUAAAUUGACAUAGGCUUUAUAAUAAUAAUAAGUGUUUCUAGGAAUUUUUGUAUUAUUGCCAGUGAUAAAAUAUGAUUUAUUUUAAAAGCUUGUGUAGACUAUAGCAGCUUAUGUACUGUAAGUGUCAAAAGGGGAAAAACAGACUACAUUAGUCCUAUUAAUGUAAGGUUAUAUUGAAACCUUUAGUCUUGCUUACUUAAAUACUGGACCUGCUUCACGUCACCUUGCAUGCACAAUCGUUAUGUAUUCUUGGACCUGCCGUAUCCCUCGUUUAAUUUGAGUUAUACAAGUCCGUUGUGUAGUGACUGCAGUGGUCACCAUUUUUCAAGUGUAUUACUUGAUAUGCAAAUAAUCUUUCAGGUGUGGAGUGCAUUUAUCUUGGUAAUCAGUGAACCGAUUGAUAUUAUGGCCUUGUUUUAUUUUUUUCAGAUUUUUUAUUCUUUAGUCACUGGAACUUAUCCUUGUACGUAAUAAGAUUAGUGGAGUUCGGAUAAUCUUGUAACUAAUUCACUGAAUUUCUCACUGAUUGAUGCCUUCUACACAGUGUAUCUAGGUUUAUCAUGAAAAUAAUUUGCAAUAAUUUGUGUCAAGUGCUGUAAUCGUCCCUCGGAGCAAACAUUUCACUGCAGUGAUACCAUAGAGAGUUCUUCCUGCAAGUCACAAAAUGCAAAUUAAGCUAACUUGAAAAGAUUGGAUUAGGAGUUUGAUUUUAUGGCGGUGCUAUUUGAGAAAUGUGACAUCACCGGUAGUAGUAAGGUGCAUUGUGGCAACUUUUCCUGGUUAUUGUUGGGGGAGCUGCGACCAGCUUUGUCUACAGAAUCAAGACUAGAGAAAAAUGGCCAGGCUCAUGUUUAAUAAAGCAAUACUUGAGGUAAUGCAUACCAGUACUGCCAUGAUUUGUUAUGUUCUUUUUUGUUACACAGACAAGGUUGGAAAUAAUUUCUGCUUGCACACUUUACCUGCAUCGUUACUAGUACAGUUGAGGGCAUUAGUUGCAUUUUAUUAUCUGUAGCAUGGAGGCAAAAAAAGGUACUGCACAUGCUGGAACUAUACUAUUUUUUAGAUGUGCAGGAGUCAACAGUAUGUGGAAAAAAUUUUUGUGCUGUUAGUCAUUAUUUCGUUUAAAUUCACGAUGUCUUUAUUCUGUCCUCGGACGAGGAAUUUCGAAUAUUUUAAUAUUUAUGUAAUUUGAAAAAGUAUAUAGAUAUAUAUAUAUUUAUUGUAGUUUUAACUUAGGAAAAAAGUCAUAUUUUCCAAUAAAAUAUUGAAUUAACAUGUUUAAGCAGUCUUCUUUUAAGUUUAAAUUGAUUAAGAGUUUAUGAUCCGAUUUAGACACUAGUAUACUGACUUUUGCCAUGGACAUGUACAAAACAGGAUGAUGCCUUCAAAAGCCAAUACAUGUACUUUACUUUGCCACAGCUAAAUAGAAAAUAAUUGCCAAAAAGAAAAAAUUGCUGUUCUAUCGUCAUGUUUGGUCAAGAAAAAAUUGCUGUUCUAACGUCAUGUUUGGUCAGUUAAAAAAUUGUUCAGAUUAAAGUAUGUCUCGCCUUUGGCUUGCUUCAUCUGAAGCGAGGUAUGGCAUUUUAACUGUAGCAAUAACGUAUUGGGCUUUUGAAAGCACAGACACACACGUAGUUGAUAUGGAUGUACAGUACAACAAAGUCUCCCUCCUUAAGUAAUUGAAUGUUUCAGCUGCCUGGGAUAUCAAUAUUUGUUGCAAAUGCUUUAAUUUUUUAUUGAAUGAAUUAUUUAAUGUCAUUGGCAUCACGCAGAAAAGUAGAAUAAAGUAUUUUUUUCAUGUAAUGGAAUUAUAUUUUAUUUUGAUGUAGAAUAAAGAGAAAAUAUUUAA